AUGCCCUACAGCCACCACUCGCAUUCCGGACAGUUCUGCAGACAUGCGGCCGGCACGCUGGAGGACGUAGUGCGCGAGGCAAUACGACAAGGCUUCGAGGUCUAUGGCUUGACCGAGCAUGUCCCUCGCUACCGCCUGGCAGACUUGUAUCCCGAAGAGGAGGGCAUGUCUCUCGAUGCGCUGGCGACACAGUUCGAUGCCUUCCUGACCGAAGCCCACCGGCUCAAGGCGCAAUAUGCGGGCGACAUAACGCUACUGGUGGGGUUGGAGACAGAGUUCAUCAUGGAAGAAGAUGUCGCACACCUGGAAACACUUCUCAGCAAAUGUCAGGGACGAAUAGAAUAUCUGGUUGGAUCCGUCCAUCAUGCCAACGCGAUUCCCAUCGACUUCGACGUCGCCACGUUUGGGAAGGCUCUCGACAGCUUCGACCUGUCCCCGACCUCAGGCGGAGAUGGCGAUCAAAAGCGAAUGGAAGCACUGCUCUGCUCAUACUUCGAUGCUCAGUAUGAGGUCCUGAGACAUUUCCAUCCGGAGGUAGUAGGGCACGUCGAUCUAUGCCGGCUCUACAACCCCACUCUGCAGUUCGGGGACUACGGAGCAGCAUGGGAAAAGCUAGAACGAAACGUCAAAUAUGCCACAAAUUAUGGCGCGCUGUUCGAGUUGAACGCCGCAGCAUUGAGGAAAGGUUGGGAGGCUUCCUACCCUGGUGAAGACGUGGCACAGCUCAUCCUCAAGCAUGGCGGACGCUUCGCCCUGUCGGAUGACAGCCAUGGGCCACAUGCAGUCGGUUUGAAUUACGAUCGCAUGGCUCGGUAUGUCCAACGACUGGGGCUAGACGAGCUGUGGGUGCUUGAGCGGUCCGAGAGUGCCAAUGUGGGAGGCCGGUUUGUCCAGCCGCGCAAGGUGGAUGGGAAGUGGUGGGAGCAUCCGUUCUGGAAGACGCGUGGGGUCGAGCUCGGACCAACAGCGUGA